ACAUUCCUCAUUACACCACCAUAAUCAGCAGAUAUAAAUAUUAUCUGCGCCGAUGGAGUAAUUGUGCAGUGAGUGUCGAUUUGUUUUUAUCAUUCUCACCCACAAUUGUGCAAUGCGCGUAUAUACAUUCGCCUGUCCAUAACCCACUGGCAUCGCUCCCUCAUACGUGCGAGGUUAUUAUGUUCAGCGGUGCGGUUGCGAAAAUCAAUCCUCCGGUAGGUUAUUUGCGUAGUUUUCUGACCAGUGGCAUUGCGAAAAACUACCAACAGUGGAAAAGUGGCAUUGAGCAACCACCAUUGGGAAUCCUCAGCCGCAGUAAGGAUAUUCGCGUGCGCCAGAAAUCAACCAGUUGUUACAGUCAUCGUCAUCACCACCGUCAUCGAAUCACAGCAGCAGCAGCAGCAGUCGCUGUCGCCGAUCAAUAUCUGCUGCAAGACGGUCAAACAUUCGACGUCCGUGGACUUACAAGACCAUUUUCCACCACCAGCACCAUGGCAGCAGGCGAAUCUUCGGGACCACCGAAACACACGAACCGCUUGAUCAACGAAAAAUCGCCUUACCUUCUACAGCAUGCACACAACCCGGUGGACUGGUACCCCUGGGGCGAGGAAGCGAUCGCUCGGGCCAAAGCCGAAAAUAAACUCAUCUUCCUGUCGGUGGGCUACAGCACCUGCCACUGGUGCCACGUGAUGGAGCGGGAGUCUUUCGAGAGCGAAGAGGUCGCCGAAAUUAUGAACGAAAACUUUAUCAACGUUAAAGUUGAUCGCGAGGAGCGACCGGACAUCGACAAGCUGUACAUGACGUUCAUUUUGCUGAUCAAUGGCUCGGGUGGAUGGCCAAUGUCGGUGUGGUUGACGCCUGAUCUUGCGCCAGUCACCGGGGGCACAUACUUUCCUCCGAAGGAUCGAUGGGGUAUGCCAGGCUUUACGACCGUCUUGUUGAAACUCAAGAUAAAGUGGGCUACCGACGGAGACGAUUUGGCUUCCACGGGAAGAUCGAUCAUCGAUGCGAUUAAGAAGAAUGUCGAGGAGAAGCACAAGGAAAAGCCUGAUCGUGCGUUGACGCCGGAGGAAAAGUUCCGCCAAGCGAUUACCAUUUAUAAACGAAACUUUGACCCCGUUUGGGGCGGUUCGCUGGGUGCACCCAAGUUUCCGGAGGUAUCGAAACUGAAUCUUAUCUUCCAUGCCCAUCUGCAGGAUCCGGCUAGCAAAAUAUUGGGUGUUGUGUUGAACACCUUGGAUAAGAUGGCUGCCGGUGGAAUCCAUGACCAUGUUUUCGGUGGCUUCGCCAGAUAUUCCGUGGACAAGAAAUGGCAUGUGCCUCACUUCGAGAAAAUGUUGUACGACCAGGGACAGCUGUUGAUGGCGUAUACCAACGGUUAUAAAUGCACCAAUAAGCCGCUAUACUUGGAUGUGGCGGAUUCGAUUUUUAAAUACAUAUGUAAGGAUUUACAGCAUCCGGCGGGUGGUUUCUACAGCGGAGAGGAUGCUGAUUCUUUGCCAGCGUGGGAUAGUAAAGAAAAAAUUGAAGGAGCCUUUUACGCUUGGACUUUUUCGGAGGUGAAAGAUCUGUUGAAAACCAAUUUGGAUAAGUUUGGUGAUGUUGGUGGCGUAAAUCCGUUAGAAAUAUAUACCGAGCAUUACGAUGUGCAAGAAACUGGAAACGUUGAGCCUAGCAGUGAUCCUCACGGUCAUUUACUGGGUAAAAAUAUUCUAAUCGUGUAUGGAUCAGUGAAGGAAACAGCGGUGAAAUUCGAAACAACACCGGAGAUCGUUCAGCGUAUUCUAGACGUUGGCAACGAGGUGUUGCAUGAAGUACGCGAUAAACGUCCGCGACCCCAUCUCGACACGAAAAUUAUUUGCGCAUGGAAUGGGUUGAUUCUUUCUGGACUGUCACAACUGGCUUGCGUCAAAGAUGCUCCCAAUAGGGACAAAUACCUGGAAGUUGCUGCCAAGCUGGUUUCCUUUAUUCGCGAAAACUUAUUCGAUAUCCAAUCCCGGAAGCUGCUUCGCUCGUGCUAUGGCGACGAAAGUGAUAAGGCAACAAAAUUGGAAAAUCCAAUCCACGGAUUCAUCGACGAUUACGCCUUCCUGGUGAAGGGAUUGAUCGAUUACUAUCGAGCCUCGCUGGAUGAAAGUGCACUUAGAUGGGCAAAGGAGCUGCAGGAGAUACAGGACGAUCUAUUCUGGGAUCAGUCCUGCGGGGCCUAUUUUUAUUCGGAGGCGAACUCACCCAAUGUAGCGGUACGACUGAAAGAAGACCACGACGGUGCCGAGCCUUGCGGUAACAGUGUCUCGGCUCACAAUCUGUUACUCUUGGGGGAUUACUUCGAUGACGACUCGUUUCGCGAAAAAGCAAAAAAGCUAUUCAGUUACUUCUCAAACGUAACCCCUUUUGGUUACGUUCUCCCGGAGAUGAUGUCAGCGAUGUUGCUCGAAGAGCAUGGCCGUGACAUGUUGGUGGUUGUUGGUCCCGAUGGUCCCGAGGCAAAAUCCCUAACGGACGCCGUUCGUAGCUUUUACAUACCCGGUUUGGUUAUUAUUCGGCUGGACCCCACCAAACCCAACCAACGAAUGGGAGGCAAGAAGGUGGACAGCUUCCGAAUGAUUCAGGACAGCCCAACGGCUUAUCUGUGCCGCAACAAGGUAUGCCAGCUCCCUCUGACCGAACCGUACAGACUCGCUGAAGGACUGCAAGCGAAACAUGUGUUCGAUUACGCCGAGUACGAAAAUUGAUUUUUCGAGGCCUAAAGUUCUCAUGCGAACACAUGCAAGUAAUGGUUGAAUGUUACUGCUGGAAGUGGGGACAGGAACUGGCGGCCGCAGAAGAGCACUGAACCGAUUGACACGAAGGAAUCAAAAUAGUGAAUGAGAAAUAGAGAAUUAUUUCAAAAUUGUUAUAAAGUUAUGCACAUUGUAUUGGUCACGAAUAUACGUUCACAUUAUUUCGAUAUAGCGUUAACCAAGUUGAGUGUCACGUUGAAAUCUCAUAUUCUAAAACUCAUAUAACAAAACUAGCACACCGAAUUAAACGAGAAUAUCAAUCAAUUAUCACUAGUAGUAGUAAUCACAAGUAGAACCAAUUUUAAUGGAUGAUAUUUCUAUGAAACUCACGUCUUAUCUCAUCGAUAACAUGCGAAAACAAAAACGCGGAUUUUGUUCCUUUUACGAAAGCGAAAAUGCAUCACUGCAUCGUCUUCAGAAAGCAAGGAAAUGAAUGGCAUAAUAUACUCCAGUUGAACUGAGUGAAACACAUGUGAUCUAGUGAUAUAAAAAAAAACUAAUCGAAUCUAGUGCCAAUAUUUGGUGUAAUACGUACUAAGGUAUGCGGAUAGAAGUUUAUCUUUCGGGGAUAAAAGUUCAAUGAGUUUAAAUGUGCAACAAGCAUGAUAUUCAUUAUCAAUUCUAGUAUUGUUUUUAAAUAAAAAGUAUAGCGAAGAGGCAAAUUUAUUCGCAAUUGAGAAAAUAUUAAA